CCGGGCUGUAGCUAAACCUAGCUCCAAUGAAAAUUCAUGCCCCGCGGAUAUUCCGCGUUCAGCACCCUUCUUCGCCUGUCAUUUCAAUUCGAGCCAAGGCGUCUAUUUAUCCUCGAAAAGCAUUUGGAGCUAAGAAACUGGAUUAUACAAAAUGACAGACAAAAAUAAUUAUACUGAGCUCAUAACGCAAAUACUUCAAGAAGCACCCACUGCAAGGAAGGGGCUUCUUGAAAACAACAACAAUCUUCUUAAAGUUGCCGAUUACUACGAAAACAAAUAUCUGCAGGUGGAGGACAGAAGGGCGUGUAUUGAGGAGACCAUGUCGUUAACAACCCAAGCCCUGGCCAGUGUUACCUACCAGAUUAACGGUCUGGCUACCGCCCUUCUCAGACUGCUAGACCAACAGGCCAACCAGCUGAAAGACAUGGAGUCCUCCAUCAAUCUCCUCAGUCUGGCAGUAGCUUUCCACCAUGAGAAUGUGUCUCGGAGGGAGAUUGGUGUUUUAACAAAAGCAAAGAAGAAGCUCCCUCUGACCCCCCCUCCCAAGGCAGAUCCGGGGGCUGUGGCUGAAUACUCCAGAGUACCCAUAUGUUACUCCAUCCUUGACAACAUCGGACACUGCUUUGAGGUCUCUGGGCUGCGUCCAAAGAAGACAGGGUCUAUGGACAGCAUACAGAGUAUAGGAGUCCACCAGGGUCGUGCAGCGGAGCCUGUAGCAUGUCCGGUUGUUCCGACUGGAUCCAACCUUGGAAUUGCUGUGCCCCCACCUUCAGUGCCCACUUUACCCUCCGUCCCCACACUCACCCAAGACUCUCCACCGGCCUCUGCUUCUUCGUCUAACAACCUGCCUCCUCCUUCACCUCCACCUACCUCCAUUUUUGAUGAGCUUCCUCCUCCCCCUCCUGAUCCUUUCUUCGCCGCACCCACCGACCUCCCUCCCACCCCUCGGCCUUCCUCCUCCUCAUCCACCAUCCCUCCUCCUCCUCCUCCUCCGCCUACCUUCACUUCAUCCCCUAACCCCCCUCCACCACCCCUUUCUCCCCUGAAAACCUUAAACAGUGUCACUCCUCCGCCACCUCCGCCACCUCCACCACCUCCGAGCUUGUCCAAUGGCCUCCCCCCCCCUCCUCCUCCUCCACCAGCACCAAUGGGAGGAAGCCACACUCCACCUCCUCCUCCACCACCACCACCUCCAUCACAAUUCUAAACAUCUGGUGAUGAGCAGCCAUGUCAAGAAUUUCUCUAUGGAAAGGUUAUUUUCUUACAAAUGUUUUUGUGAUUUUGAAAUUAGUUUCAUAUAAAGUAUAGGCAUUUAUUAAGUUUGGGACAGGGAGUGCCAUGGUUCAGCCUGGAUAAGGCUGACCAUUUGUAAAGGUCAAAAGUAUUAAAAUAAUCCCAAACUA